AUGAUUGAUAAACAAAAUGAAUCACGAAAUCAGAGUAAUAAAGCUAUAGACAUCAAAUUCAAUGAAGAUGCUCGUGAUGUUAGUGAUGUUAGUGAUGCUAGUGAUGUUGAUGAAACUCCCAUAUUACUAAAGGAGACAUUCUGGUUAACAAGGUUAUUUGUUGGUAAUAAAGUGGCACCAAUACCUAAGGAAAGAAAACCAUAUCCUUUGAUUAAUGCAAAUUUAUUCUCCAAAUUAACAUUAUCUUGGGUUUCAGAGAUUAUAAAAAUUGGAUACCAUAGAAGAAUCGAAGAUGAAGAUUUAUAUGAAUUAGUUGAUGAUUUAGCUAUUCAAAAUAUGACUACUGAUUUUGGAACCCAUUUUGAAAAACGAAUUAAAGAAUGGAAAGAAUCUAAACAAAGAAAAUCAGAUGAAAAAUUUUCUAAAUAUGUUUUACUAUUAGCAUUAAAUGACACAUUUUGGGAAAGGUACUGGUUUGGUGGUGUCUUCAGAGUCAUUUGUGAUGUUACACAAGUUGUCACUCCUUUAUUAGUUCGUUCAUUGGUUAGACAUGUUCAUUAUCAAGAAUCAGAUCCAUCAUUGGGGAAAGGUAAAGCUAUUGGUUAUUGUUUUGGUAUAUCAUUACUUCUUAUACUAUCAUCUUUAGCAAAUUGUAAUUUCUUCCAUAUGUCAAUGUUAUCAGGUGCUCAAGUUAAAGCUGUAUUAACAAAUAUUGCUUAUAAUAAAUCUUUUAAAUUAAGUGCUAAAAGUAAAAUGGAAUUUCCUAAUGGGAAAGUUAAUACUUUAGUUAUGACUGAUUUAGCAAGAAUUGAUUUAGCUCUAGGUGUUUUACAUUUCAUAUGGUCAUUUACCAUAGCUUUAGCUAUAUCAAUUGCUAUUCUUAUAGUAUUUAUUGGUCCAUCUGCAUUAGUUGGGAUUGCAACUUGCCUUGUGGUGAUUUUUUUUGUAUUUGCAUUAAGUAAAGCUUUAAAAUCAUUAAGGAAAAAAACAUCAGGAUAUAUUGAUUCUAGAGUUUCAGCAGUUAGAGAAGUUGUUAAUGCUAUGAAGAUGAUUAAAUUUUAUUGUUGGGAAAUGCCAUAUUAUCAAAUAAUUUCAAAUAUAAGAGAUUCAGAAAAAAAACAUGUUUUAAAAAUGCGUUAUAUUAAAUCUUCUUUAUUUUCAUUAGUCACUUCAACAAGUAUUUUAGCACAAUGUUUCACAUUUUUAACAUUAUAUGGAGUUGGUAGUGGGAAUUUCAAAUCUUAUAAUAUUUUUUCAUCUUUAGCUUUGUUCAGUUCUUUACGUCAACCACUUAGUGUCUUACCUUCUGCAGUGGCAUUUGUUGUUGAUGGUAACAUUGCUUUAGAUCGUGUUACAGAAUUUUUACAAGCUGAAGAAUCUGAUGAAUAUGUGGAAUUCAUGGAUAUCAAUGAAUCUGAAAAUUCUAUAGAGAUUGAAAAUGGGACAUUCACUUGGAAUGUUUCCAAUACCGAUGAGGAAUCCAAAAUUUCAAAUAUUUUCGAUAAUAUUGAUUUAAAAGUACAAAGAGGUGAGUUUAUUGUUAUAACUGGAUCUGUGGGUUCUGGUAAAUCAUCAUUAUUAAAUGCUAUUCAUGGAACAAUUCAAAAAAUAACUGGUUCGGUUAAAAUCUUUGGUUCUAUGACUUUUUGUUCAAUACCAUGGAUCCAAAAUGAAACAAUCAGAGAAAAUAUUUUAUUUGGUAAACCUUAUGAUAAAGACAGAUAUUGGUCAAUUAUAAAAUAUUGUUCUUUAGAAGAUGAUUUAAAGUUAUUUAGUCAUGGUGAUCAAACAGAAGUUGGUGAACGUGGUAUUACACUUUCAGGUGGUCAAAAAGCUCGUAUUAAUUUAGCAAGAGCAGUUUAUGCUGAUUCAGAUAUCAUAUUAAUGGAUGAUGUUUUAAGCGCAGUUGAUGCAAAAGUUGGGAAACAUAUUAUGGAUAGUUGUAUUUGUGGAUUUUUGAAAAAUAAGACUAGAAUAUUAGCAACUCAUCAAUUAUCACUUAUUAACUCUGCUGAUCGUGUUGUAUUUGUUGAUGGUUCUGGUAAGAUAAUUGUUGGUAAAAUGGAUGAAGUUAAACAACAGAGUAAAGAAUUUACAAAUUUGAUGAAUUAUAGUACUGAAAGAGGUGAUGACAAUGAAGGAGAUGAUGAAGAUGAUAAGCCCAUCAAGGAGAAAGAUCAGAUCAAUUUUAAAAAGGAUCUUGAUGAAAAGAAUCCUCAAACAGAAGAUAAAAGGCAUAAUAUCAUUGAGAAAGAAUAUAGAAGCUCUAAGUCAAUCUCAUGGGACGUUUAUUAUCGUUAUGCAGCUUUAGGAUCUGGAAAAUUAUAUUAUAUAAUGUUGCCCUUCUUCAUGUUUUGUGCUAUAAUUAAUGGAUUCUUACUUACAUUUUACUCGGUAUGGUUGAGUUUUUGGAUUUCUGAUAGAUUUGGGUAUUCAAAUCCUGUUUAUGCUGGAUUAUUUGCAUUAUUUUCUAUAAUGAGUGUUUUAUCAAACAUUUUCAUGUUAUUAAUAGUGGGUAAAGUGAAUAAUGAAGCAAGUUUAAAAUUGUUCAAGUUAGCUUUGAUGAAUAUUUUAAGAACUCCAAUGAGCUUUAUGGAUACAACACCAAUUGGUCGUAUUUUGAAUAGAUUCACUAAGGAUAUAGAUACAUUAGAUUCAAAUUUAGCUGAUCAAUUUAGCAUUUUCUACAUUGCUAUAGUGGCUGUUUUCAGUACGUUCAUUAUGUGUGGUGUAUAUAUACCAUAUCUAUUCAUAUCGUACCCAUUUAUUGCAUUUCUUUAUUUAACAUUAUCCAAAUAUUAUCAAACCUCUGCAUUGGAUAUUAAAAGAUUAGAAGCUAAUAAUAGAUCAAAUGUUUUCAGUCACUUUAAUGAAACAUUAUCAGGUAUGAGUACAGUCAUAUCAUAUGGCUCAGAUGAACGUUUCUCCAAAAAAUUCAAUUUUUUAAUCGAUAAGAUGGAUAUGGCAUAUUUCAUAACUAUAGCAAAUCAAAGAUGGUUGGCUAUUAGAUUAGAUACCAUAGCUGCAGGUAUAACACUUUUGGUAACAAUAUUAUGUGUUUGUGGGGUUUUCAAUUUAAAUUCAUCCUCUACUGGUUUAUUAGUUUCUUAUAUUAUUCAAAUUUCUGGGAUAAUUUCAAUGUUGAUGAGAAAUAAAACACAAGUUGAAAAUGAUAUGAAUUCAGCUGAAAGAUUGUAUGAAUAUGCUUAUAUGUUACCCCAAGAAUCUGCACAAACUAUAGAGCCUGGUCCUUCUCAAGAAUGGCCUGAACAUGGUGCUGUAAUUUUCCAAGAUGUUAGUUUGAGAUAUAGAGAAGGUUUACCAUUAGUGCUCAAAAAUGUUUCAUUUGAUAUUAGAUCACAAGAAAAAAUUGGUAUAUGUGGUAGAACUGGUGCUGGUAAAAGUACAAUUAUGAAUGCCUUAUUUCGUAUUAAUGAAUUAGUCACUGGUAAGAUUUUUAUUGAUGGUAUAGAUAUAUCAACUGUUGGUUUAGAUCAAUUGAGGUCAAAAUUAUCAAUCAUUCCACAAGAUCCCGUAUUGUUCAAAGGUACUGUCAGACAGAAUUUGGAUCCAUUUCAGCAAUACACUGAUCUUGAAUUAUGGGAUUCAUUGAGAAGAUCUUGGUUGAUUGAAGAUUUAUCAAAUGAUGAUAAAUUACAUACUGAUUCUGAAUCUGAAGAAAAGAAUAAGUUUCAUUUAGAUCAACUGAUAGAAGAUGAUGGUGAAAACUUCUCCCUUGGUGAGAAACAACUCAUAGCGCUUGCUAGAGCCUUAGUUAGAAACUCUAAGAUCUUAGUUAUGGAUGAAGCAACAUCAAGUGUUGACUAUGAAACUGAUACUAAGAUUCAAUCCACUAUCGCUAAUGAAUUUGCUAAUUGUACCAUAUUGUGUAUUGCUCAUAGAUUGAAAACAAUUUUGAAAUAUGAUAGAAUUUUAGUAUUGGAUGCUGGUGAAAUAAGUGAGUUUGACACACCGAUAAAUCUUUUCAGAAAAAAUGGGGUCUUUACAGAUAUGUGUCAAAGAUCUGGUAUUACGGAAGUGGAUUUUUCAUGA